AAGCCGCUGAAAAGGGUCAUUCACACGCUUGUUGUGAAGUAGGUCAUUAUAAUUUAAAUGACAAUAUAUUUGAUAAAUCUUUAGAAUUUUUACAUAAAGCUAGAGAUCUAGAAUGUAAAAGGUCACUUUUUUAUCUUUCAGAAUAUUAUAGAUUAGUUUCACCAAUAGAUGAAUAUAAACGUU